AAAAACCCCAGUUUUGGAGUUCCUCCGCCACGCUCUCCAUUUCCGCCGCCUUCGCAGCGUCGCCAUGGCGUUCAGAUCGCGAGAGCUCUACAAGAAGAUCGCGAGGAAGGUCGGGGAGGGAUCGGUGCCGAAGGAGGUCAUGGAAUCUGUGAAGAAAUGCUUGCCCAACAACAAGCUCAUCAUGGGGCGUGCCAAGCGCGGCAUCUACGCCGGCCGCCAUAUUCAGUUCGGCAACAAGGUCAGCGAGGACGGUGGAAACAAGUCUAGAAGAACAUGGAAACCAAAUGUGCAGGAGAAGCGCCUUUUCAGUUACAUCCAUGACAGGCACAUCCGAGUCAAGGUGACAACUCAUGCUCUCAGGUGCAUCGACAAAGCUGGUGGGAUAGACGAGUAUCUACUAAAUACACCAUAUGACAAGAUGGAUACUGAAAUGGGCUUAUUCUGGAAGGCCAAGAUCGAAAAGAUGUACGAUGAACUCGGAAAAAUGGACGUCUGCUUCUUCUCUCCCGAAGAGGAGGCUAAGAUCACAAAAGGGUUUGAAGAGCUAAAGCUUGCCAAGAAGGAAGCUCGAAGGGAAGCCAGAAGAGCUUCAGCGAAACAGAAACAAACAGAAAGAGAGAAUGCCGAAGCUGAACAGACAUCGGAAGCGAAACAAAUUGAGGAAGGAACUGCAGACGGCAACAUAGAAAAGCCGGAGUCUUGAUCAGAAUUGCGAUCUCCUCUGAUUUAUACUUAAUCAAUUAGGUGCCGAAAAUGUACUUCAAGUGAUGCAGCAAAUGGUUAAAUUUUUUUCACAAAUAAUCUCCUGUCACUUGAGAACUUGUUCAAAUAUGAUCUUUAAGCAGUGGUGUUUAUUUACA